AUGUCAGCGGAAGAAGCAUACCCGUGGGUCUGUCCGUGUGGCAGACUCAACAAGAAGAGUGCCAACCAGUGUGCCCUUUGCUGGGGCCACUGGUCCAAAGGCACAAAGCACGAUGUGACUCCAAAGGUGGAGUCCUAUGGAGCCAAUGCUCAAUGGGACAGAUGGGAUGGUUGGAAUCAAGAUUGGGGAGGAUGGGAGAAAGACUGGGACGACACGGAAAGUGUUGGUCAUUCCUCAACCUCUUCAAGAGGACGUCAGGUGCAUCAGACAGAAUAUUCCCCAAGGGGUCGGCACAAGGGGAAAGGAAAGGUCAAAGGCAAAGGCAAAAGCAAAUCGAAGAGCGAGCAAACCGCCAGUCCCUUCGGUGCGGGAAAAGGUGGGCCCGCGCCAUUGCCUGCCUGGCCCUCUUGGACCAAUCCAGAGGUGAGUGCAUCGCCUUUUCAAAAUGCCCAAUCCAGCAAAAGCAGCACCAUGCAGGAGAUGGCGGUACAUCUGCGAGCGGCGUACAAAGACUCGGAAGCCCCGGCAGAUGUCCAAGCUUUUCUGGACAAAGCAGACAAGGAGUACAGCCGCAACAAUAUCAAAUCUCUGCAGGCUGCAACGAAGAAUCUCGAUCAUGCUCAGAAAGCCCUCAGAGACGCGGUCAAUGCAAAGAAAGACCAUCGUCUCCAAUGGACAAAACACGUGGGCGAAGGCAUCAAGAUAUGGGAGGCACAGCUGGAAAGUUACAGAGUCCAUCAGGCGACCCUCUCAGAACAUGCCGCAAGAGCACGAUCAGAAAUAGAGACUUCGAGGAGGAUCUUGAAGGAAGUCAGCGAGAACUCAGUCAAGGAAGGGCACCUUGCCAUCCCACAGCCUAUCCAGGAAGAGACGGAGGAUGCGACCACAGACACUGUGGUGGAUGUGGAAGAGCAGAAAUUACGAGAUCAUCUCCAAGGGGUCCUCAAUGCAUGUGCAGGAUCACUUGGACUCCAGGUUGCCUCGACGGAGCAACAGGUGCAAGAGGUAUCAGACGACGACAAGGAGCAGGGUCCGCACAACAAGCGACCACGUUCUGUCGAACCAGCGAAGACUGGCACAGCAGGGGAAAGGACCUAUUUGAGUCCGUUGGCUGCCGUUUGGGAUGCUUGGUCAGUUCUUCGCAUUUCUCAGGACAAAGAAAACCAGGACGUGAUGUCGGCUGUACAGAUUGGCCAGCCUUCUCCACACAAUUUCAAAAAUUCGCCUAUGGACUUGCAGCAAGCUUUCCAGAUGCAGGCCUUCCACGAAGGUCAUGUGCAACAUGAGGAUGGCAAUGAUGAGAUCUUUGGCGAAGGAGUGGAGGAUUCAGACGGUUAUUCUCCUGGUGACACCUCAGGACCUUCUGACGGGCAGUCUCCAAUCCCUGCAGGAGACAGACAGGAUGUCAUUCUUUAUCAUCUUGAUGACAAUCCAAUUCGAGCUUUUAUCAAUUGGAACAGUUACGAGGAGAUGAUUACAGAGAUGGCUCAUCACUAUGGUCUGCGAAGGGAAGAUGUGGAAGACGCCUAUGAGGUGACGGUCUCGCCGCCAGACAUUGGCAAUGAAGUUGUUCCAACGAUUGUGCAUGCAUUCGGUGACAUUCCGCCUGAGAGCACCGACAGGCUGGUUUUGAUCGAUAUUGAGUAUCAUGAAGAUGUGCGUGGCUUGGCCCGAGAUCGCCUUGUUGAGGCUGAUGAGGCUACCAUGAUGCAAACACAUCCUCUGGAAGGUAGCGAUGCAGAGCAUCCAGAUGAAGCCAGGCUUUCUCAGAGCUCAGACUCUGACAAUGCAGUUCAGGAUUGGUUUGUGGACUUGCAAAGGAUUGUUGAGGUGUACUUUCAGCAAUGUGAUGAAGCGUUGCAAAACGAUUUUAUGUUCUCGGUUUACACCUGGUUCAUCGACCAGGAAACUUCCAAGCUAUGUCGUGAACCCAAGAUUGCAAUACUUGGGGACGACCCCCUGGAAUGGAAAGAUGACCUUAUGUUACUGUGGCAAUAUCAUUUGGUCCCCGGGAACUCUGUGCUCAUUGAUUUGGUGCAACCGUUUGCUCAAAGAUCACGGCUAGAAGAACACAUUGCACACAUUAUCCUCACGCAAAGACCUGUAAAUUUGAAUUCAGUCCUCUUUUCCAUGGAAUUUGUCGAUGAGGUUCAGCCCAAUGUUGUGGUGACAUUUGCAGCAGCUGUUCCUCAUGUCUGCAGUGCACGCGACCUUGCAGAUCAUAUCCCUCUAUUCGAUGCAUUUUUCUUGAACAAUCGAAACUGGGUUUAUCCUGAGGUCAACAAUGAUGAGCAGACGAUUGCAACUAAAUUUGGACUUGGAAUCAAAGUGCAGAUUUUUGCCGAUGCACGUGAUGAUGCAGAGGAAAUGUCUGACAACAGUAUUCUGGUUCAAAAAUUCUCUUCUGCCCUCUCUGCCAAUGGUGGCUCCUCCUCCUCCGGUAUGGAAGGACAAGAUGAUCAUGGUGGUUUGAAGACUAUUGGAAAGGACUGUCAAGUACCGAUCUUUGUGAAUUUCAGCUUGACUGAGGAGUUCAUCAGGUAUAUUCAAGCAGUUGGAGCACAAGCUGUGCCAGCUGAUGACAAUGAAUGUUUACUCUGGAUGGGAAACAUUGCAAUCAGGAGUUGCGAGCCGCAAUUGGAGGGGCGGUGUUUCGUAGGUUCAGUUGUCCGUGUCAGACGUGGAAGGCUAGCUUUUCCUCCGGAACACACAGUGCGUGUAGGGUCUGGUGAUGGAAUUGUGAUUGAAGUGCCUCCGACUGCACCGUCUUCAGAUGUCGCUUCUGAUACGCAGAUGAUUAGUUUUCAGGCAGACAGUGACGCGUUGGAACAUCCUGGGUCAUAUGAAGAGACAUUAGGCAGUACGGAGGUUGUGCAUGAUGAGGAUGAAGGUGAUUCGACUCUCUUGUUGCAAUGUCUCAAGAUGGUAGAGAGCAAUAUCGAUAGCUGUGAUUCUGAUGGCGAUGUUGGAAAAGGAUCAGAUCAACAGGCAACUCUGAGGAAUCAUGAAGCCAGUGAUGUAGCAAGCACAAGUCAUGUUGACGUGAGCAAAAGCAGUGAUUCAUCAGUGAAGUGGAUUAGUGAUACAUGCCCAGACUUGGACGCAUCCUACCUCUUCAGAAAGAUUGCUGCUGCGAAUGAGGAUGCACUUGGAAUCGGUGCCGAUUCUCAGCAAGAGAACGAUCUAUUUGCAUUCAACCCCAAUGCGCGGGAAUUUCAGCCCCAAGGUGCUGCCUUGCCUGAAUGGGCUCAAGUGCUGGAAGACAUCUACCAUGUUUGGGAUGUGCACGUCACCCAUUUCACAUGGCUCUUUCGUUUCAUGAACAUCAGUGACGGUGAUGCUAUUGACUUGAUUGUCAAUCGCCAGUUUGUGCCUCAGAAUUGGAACCCUCCUUUCAUUCCUCAUGCUCCGGGGGCUGAAGGGCUGGCAUUGCUGCAGAAGCAAGCGAAGGUCAUUAGACAUCGAAACACAGAUGAUUUGGAGACAUUCGAUAUCCAUGGCUCGCAACCCCGCACAAUUUCCAUUCACGAUGCAUUGGGAAGCGAUGAUGAGGAUGUCGAAGGCAUGCCCUUCACACUCGCUGUGCUUAUCAAUCAACAGCAAGCACAGCAGAAGGCGCUUGUUGCCUGCGUGAUUUAUCACAAGGGUUGUGCCUCCGUCAGGGUUCUCACUUUGCCUCAGAAUGUUAGGACAGACCUGCUUAGAGAUGUUCUUAACAUUGUCCAUGGUACUUUCGUCAGGGUCAAUGGUGUCAUCCAAGGUGUUGUCGUUGCUCUGAGGAAUGGAGAUGUCCUUGAAUACCAUAGUGCCGAGUUUAAAGCUGGUUUUCUCCUUGACAAGAGCUCUACCAAAGUGCAAAUAUGUCUCGAUGCGACAAUCACCUCUCACAGGCCUGUGUUUGACGAUGAUGGUGAUGCAUUUGAGGUGUUGCCAUUUCCAAAUGUGCGUCAGUCCCUGUCACAUGGAGAUGAUUGGAGCUUCUGCAUGAUUCCUGAAGGGACGGAUUUGCACAAGGAAACGUUUGAGGCGCUCCAUCUCCAGCAAGAAGUCUAUGAGGGCUCCAUUUUGGCCCAUGAGCUCUAUGUGGACGGGGCUACGUGCGGAGACUGGUCGGCAUGGGCUGUCAUCGCAGUAGCGGUUACAGAAAAAGGUCGAUUUUUCAAGGGUUGCCUUGGAGAUGUCACAGAAACUGAGAGGCAUUCCCCAAAGUGGAUCGGAGCCAUAGGACAUUCAAAUGUCGAUGCGGAGUUAUCAGCAAUGGCAGUGGCUUCAGCAUUCGCGUCCUUUGGCUCAGCUGACACAUAUUUCGUCAUUAGGCCGGACUUGGCAUUAAGCAAACGGUUCCUUGACAUUGAUUCAACCAGCAGACAGGCCAGCACUCUAGCAAGGGUUGUACAUGUCUUGGGCCAGUCAAAGCCAGACAAUGUCCAGGUAACGGAAGUCAGAGCCCACUGCGGAGACCCGUGGAAUGAAUUAGCUGAUGCAGUUGCAAAAUGGGUUGCCAAGAGAAAGAUUGCUGUUGGGUCCACGGAUUGGAAGAUUUUGCAUCAAAUUGCUGAAACACCGUCGACUCAAAAAUGGGAAUGGCUUCGUUGGCAAAAUGCAGCGUUUGCUAAGACGAUGCCAAAGCUCCAUGGAGAUGCAGUUUGGCAGCCGACAGCUUCGUCAAAAAAGAUUGGGGCCAGCGUUGCAUCAUUGCAACAAUGUCCCAAUACCAAGCAAUUUUCUCUGAGUGUAGCCACGUACAAGGGCUUGGCCCUGGAUGAAAAUGAGGUAUCAUCAGUUACCACGGGCGCACGCUCCCUGAGGCUUGAUUCGCAGUUUCAUGGGCGACAGAUUGCCGUCAUUGGGAUCCAGGAAUCACGCACUGCAGCAGGAAUCCGAUGCACAGAUCAUUACAAGAUCUUCUCCUCUGGCUAUCAGCAGUGUGGACGUUCCAAGCAUUUUGGAUGCGAGCUGUGGGUCAACAAGUUUCUCCCGAUUGCACGAAAAGAUGAUGGGAGUCCGAUCAGGCUAUGUGACUGCAAGGUGACAAUACUGUCGGCAGAUCCCAGAUUGUUGGUUGCGCAACUUGAAGGUCCCAUCCAAAUACGCCUCAUUGUAGCUCAUGCACCGUGUGUUUCUGCCGAACGACCGUUUGAGCAGGUCAAAAAUUGGUGGCAUGAACUUACAGGAAAGAUAGCAAUCAUGAGAGAGAUGAACGUGGUCAUGCUUAUUGAUGCAAAUGCACCCCUGGCGGAGCAUGAAACCCUCUUUUUUGGUAUGCACCACCAUGAAGACAUGAACCCACAGGGUUAUGAAUUCCAAGAGUUCUUGAUUGCAAAUGAGCUAUACGUGCCCUCGACGUUUGCAGGUCAUGUGGGGCCCUCUGCCACCUGGCAUCACCCAAGAGGAGGUCAGCUGCGCAGAGAUUACGUUCUGCUCAGCAAGUCAAUGUAUACUAUGUGCGUGAAAUCCCAGAUCUGGAGGGACUUCGAUGGAGGGUUUGGCCAUCUUGAUCACUGUCCAGCAAUAUGUCAUUUGGAAGGAGUUUUGCUUUUUCAGUCGCAAUUGAGGAAACUCAAAUGGGACUAUGACAAGCUUCACGACCCAGCUGCACAGAAAGAGUUUGCGGAAGCCCUCAAGACACUGCCAUUGCCUUCAUGGGAAGUCUCUGUUGACGAUCACUCUACCAUAUUGGAAUCGAAUAUUUUGCAGCUUGCCACACAACACUUUGGAUCCUCCAAACGUGAGCGGGUCCGACCUACAUUGAGUGGAAGUACGAUUGCUGGUAUUCAGUUGAAGCGACAGGCUCUGGACAUGGCCAGGUCGCAAGGUUUCCAGGAUGAGAGCCUUGUCGCCGAGCUCAAGUGUCUAGAAAAAGUGGUGAGGUCAAUGGUAUUGGCUGAUCAGAAAAAGUGGUACGCUGACUGGCUGGACUCAAUCAACGAUGACUGGGCUCAACAUGAUGUUGCUCUGGUCUAUAAGAAACUGCAACGCUUGGGACGUAGGAAAAAGGACUUGAGCAAAGGCCCCAGACCUUUACCUAGGUUGAAAACUUCUGAACAGGGUUUUGCCACCACCUUUGAGGAGUGUCAGCAAGUCUGGAAAAAGCAAUUUGCAGUUAUUGAGGCCGGUAUUGAUGCGACAGAGUUGCAGUUGGCACAGUUGCAUGAGGGUGGGCACUUUGAUGCUCGACCCGACCCUAUUAGCUGCCCAGAUCCUUGCCAGAUCUUGGCUCUGAUUCGCAAGUUCAAGAAUGGAAAAGUACCAGGACCGGGACUGCUCCCGGUUGAUGUAAUCAAAAGUGGGGGUUAUGAGAUGGCCCAAAUCCUUACACCUCUUCUCACAAAGGCUGUUUGGCAUAUGAGGGAGCCACUCAGCUGGAAGGGUGGUCUCCUUGUACCAUUGUUCAAGGGCAAGGGAUCGCCAGCAGUGCCCUCUGCAUACAGGUCUAUCUUCCUCUCUGACAUCUGCGCCAAGAUUCACCAUGGGGAUGUGAGACAAAGGUUAGCAGAGGUCUGGAACAAAGAUGCGUCGCUGAUUCAGCUUGGGGGCAGAAAAGGGUGUUCUACGGAUGUCGCUCAUCAUCUGUUGCACGCACACCUGGCUUGGGCACGGGCAGCAAACAUUUCAUGUGCAAUUUUGUUUGUUGACCUUCAAUCAGCGUUUUAUUCUGUCUUGCGGUCCUCUUUCUUUCAAGGUGAAUUCCAUGAUGAUGCAAUCUGCUAUGCAAUGAAGCAGUUGGGGAUUACUCCAGAUGAGUGGCAGGAGAUCAGAUCAGCAGUUGCCUCUGAUGAUGCAACAAAGGGUCUGGGACCGCAUCAGGUUGGAAUUCUGAAAGACAUGUUUUCAGCCACACACUUCUCAAUGCAGGGGCUUGAGGGACGCACGGCUACAAUGCGUGGAACGAGACCAGGUGACCCUGUGGCAGAUAUCCUGUUCAACAUGGUUUUCAGGUUGGUUGUACUGGAUGCCAGGACCAAGAUUGAGGCAUCCACACAAAUGAGUUGCUUUGGUUCACCCAAACAAGCUGUUGAUGUCUCAGAGCAGUCACCGGUCCCAGAGCGAGGCUUUGCAGAGGUGACAUUUGUGGAUGACAUUGCUUAUGCACUGCACUCGGCAUCACCUGAUGAUGUGAUUAGCUCCCUACAACUGGUUGCUUCUCGCCUACAUGAUUCAGCGGCUUCUCGUGGUCUCACAAUCAACUAUAGUGUUGGCAAAACUGAAGCUCUUAUCAAGUUGGCAGGACCGGGGUCAAGGUCCACGAGGCACAAGAUGUGGCACACGCAUGGAGGUAAAUUGCCAAUAGUUACUGAACAUGGUGUCCACUCUCUCCAGUUAGUGCACUCAUAUAAGCACCUUGGGUCGUACAUGCAGGAUCAUGCGGUAGUCCAGAAAGACAUUUGUUACCGCACUGCCCAGGCCCGGAAAGCCUUUGGCCAGCUGCAUAGGCAGUUUUAUGGGAAGAGAAAUGUUCAUGACCGUACCAAGAGUGUAGUGUUUGCAGCGCUGGUGAUGUCACGCCACACCUACAAUGCACACACGUGGGCGUGGGUGACGGAGAAGGACAUAGCUCAUUGGGAGAAUGGCAUUAGAUCGCAGGUAGCAGCUCUUGCCAAGAAUACCCUUCGUUCUGUUCCUUCAUUUCACUUUUCCACGUCUGAAAUAUGUGCGUUGAUUGGACUCAACGGGCCAAAAGAACUGCUGCAUGCCAACCGAUUGAGAUAUGUGAAAAGAGCCAUUCAAUCUGCGCCUGCGGCACUCUGGGCACUUUUACAUGCCAACAAUCAUGAAAAUUCCUGGCUGGUAUGGCUGAAGAAUUCAUUUUGCUGGCUACGUGAACAUUUGCCCCGUACAGUGCUUCCUGAGUUUUGUGAUGUAGGUGAAAUGCUCACGUUCAUCGCUAUUGAUGAGAAAUGGAAAGGAAAAGUCAAAGCAGCGCUCAAGUCAUGUUUGCGUGUUACGGCUGCAAAUGCUGAAGGCAAGUUGUGGACCUACAGAAUGCAGACACGUGUUUCUCAAUUUGCCAAGUUGCCGGACAUCCGUCCACCUGCAGAUGAGGGUCAAUGGAAAUGCAACCUUUGCGCGGCCAGCUUUGGCUCCAAAAAGGCCCUGGCAGUACAUGCCAGGCACAAACAUCAGUACAGAACCAUGCUAAAGUACUAUGUCCUAGGGGAUGAGUGCCUGGCAUGCGGAAAGAAGUUUUUCAGUCGGGUUCGGCUACUGGCGCAUGUUGGAGCUUCACAGACUUGCAAAGAUGCGUAUUAUGCUUGUUUUGUGCCGGCUGCGGAGGAGGUAGUUGAAAAGAUUGAAGAUGAUGAAAGAGAACAAGCAAGGGCCCUCCGUGCCCAAGGAUGGAAGGCCUCCAAGGCAUUUCUCCCAGUUACGCGCAUCAGUGGACCUCUCCUUCCCGGAAGUGGAACGGAGGGUGCAGCCAGCAUGAAAGCGCGCUGGAGCGUGAGAGUUUCAGAAACUGGUCGAGCGUUCUAUGGCUUGGAUGGUUAUUGUGAGCAACCGCUGGAGCCUUCGAACCAAGGCGCCGAAAUUUUGCCGUUCCUCCUCCAGACAAAUGGGGGAAAAGUGUCAGGUGAGGCGAGGAUUUAUGAGCAGUUUGGCUUAGCGGCAGAAGCUGCCAAGCUGCAUAUCACUUGUUUCAUUUUUGUGCACUUUUUCAGCGGGUACAGGAGGAAAGGCGAUUUGCAACACUGCAUUGAAAGUCAUGAGAUCGUAGGCACUCAACAGAUCUUCUGUAUAUCAGUUGACCUAUGUUUGGCGAAACAGUUCUCAGACCUUACUGAUGCAGACACGAAGGAGUUUUGGAUCAAGAAAAUGCGACAAGGGCAAAUUCUGGGAGUUGGCGGCGGACCAAGCUGCGAAACUUGGUCAGCAGCACGCCAUAUGCCGGAUGGGCCAUCUCCGUUGAGAUCCUAUGACUCCCCGUGGGGAAUAGCAGGGCUCACGCGAAAGCAAUGGGAUCAAGUAUAUACUGGCACGAAGUUGAUCCAGUUCUUGAUCGACCUCUUGGUGAUUGCGUCACAACUUGGACUAUGUGGCUUCUUCGAGCAUCCACAAUUUCCAGUUUGGUUGAUGAAGAUCAGACCGGCAUCAGUUUGGACGCUGCAAGCAAUGAGAACGCUGGCUCGGUUGGAAUGUGUGCAGAUAUGUUCCUUCGAUCAGUGCGUAUAUGGAUUGGACGCUACCAAGCCGACAACCUUGUUGCUGCUGAGACUUUCCACUUUCAAGGAUGUGACCUUCACCAGGGGACUCAGAGGACGUUGCCCACAUAGGCAUCAGCAUGUGCCUUUGCAAGGAAUUCGUCAGGAUGGCUCUUUUUCUACGGCCCGUGCCAAAGUGUAUCCAGAGGCAAUGAAUCGAGCCAUCGCAGUUGCCAUUUCCUGGUUUUUGACUGAGAGACAACUCAGCAGUAGUUUGUCCAUGUUACCAAUGGAUUUGCAACAGUUAAAUUCGACCGAAUUCACCGAUGAAUCCAUUGUGCAGCCGGAUUACCAUCGCUGA